GUUUAGAUUUUAGGUUUUGAUUAUGUUUUGCUUGUAUAAGCAUAAAUUUUCUUUAUAAAGUUCAUAGAAUAAGAUUUUUCAGAAUUUAAAGCGAAAAAACCUUAAACGAGAAUCUAGACUAGAAUGGCGACAAGUUUUAAAUUAGUGACAAAGUGAUCUAGCCUCUUUAUCCAUCCUGGUGCAUUAUAAACAAUCAACAAUGAGUUCAAAUUUUGUGGAAACUUUUGCCCAAUAUUUUCGAAAGCUACCCAAUAAAGCCAUGGUAAAUGCCAUUUGGAAGGAAAUCAUUUCUGGAAAAGAAUGUUCUGUUUCAUCAGAUCAAGUCAUUGACUAUGCAUUUCACUAUCCUGUCGACACAGAAAUGUACUUAGAAGAGCUCCAUCAGAAGUUUGAAGAUUGCAUAAAAGAGGACUUGAGAACCAUAGAUGGAUCUCUUAAAGGAUACUUGCAAACUUUCCUAUAUUACUGCAUUGGAAGCCAGGACAGAAUUCCAAUAAAAACUUCAUUACUCUCUGCUCAACUUUACCUUAAAAUUUUACUAAUUCCUUCUGGGAUCGGUCAGCUUUAUUAUGAAGAAAAUAUUUUUUUAGUAAUAUUGGGGAUGCUAAACAAGCACACAAAAAAAGAUAAGGUACUACAAAAGGAAGUGGUGCUUCUAAUUGAGCUAUUGUUUAAAUUUGCAUCAGACAAUGAAGUUGCUACCACAGUAGUUGAGGUUACAACCAACGUCUUUGCAAAUAUAAUUAAACAUAAGGCUUUAGUUGAUGAUUCUGAAAGUGAUGCUCUUGUCAAACUAUGUUUAAAUUGUUUGAAAGAAUUUAUAAACAUCAAAGAAAAUCCAAUAGAGCUAAAAUACAUCAUGGAAAGCCCAUUGAGGUGUCUAAGGAGAGGGACAAGUUCACAGCUUACAACACAGCAAAGAAAGGCAGCAGUUCUGGUUGCUAGAAAAUUUUUGACAACAGUGAUGCUUACUCAAAUUGAGGAUACAAAUAAGUUACAGUAUUUUAUAGACUCUUUAUUUGAAAUAUUUGGAAUGCCUGAUUUCGAUUACAUUGAAGACUGUGUUAUCCAUAUAAUAAAUUCCUUGGAUGAAAAACUAUACAAAGAAGUAUUACAUCGGAUUCCCAAAUAUUUGCAGUCAAAAAACCAUUACGGUUACUAUUGUAACUUAAUGUAUGUUGUUUACUACAUGCUGAAAAACCCACAUCCUAAUAACCUUGAUAAGUUAGACGUUUUAUUCGCAGUGUGUUUUCAAAAUAUAGUUGCACAGUUAUUAAAUACCCAGAAGUACAUAAAAGAGAAAGCGCUAGAAAUUGUGGGAAUGAUUUCUGUUCUACAUCAAAACCCUUUGGUUUUAAGGAUUUUUCAAAUGGUUAAUGAGACAGAUAGUUUUGUUAAUCUACCAACAGACAGUGUCUUGUAUGUAUUGGUGAAACUUUUACGUGACAUAGAUGUUGGACCCCAAAAUAAAAACAAAUAUAUCUUAAGUUUCCUAUCUAAGAUGCUGGUUCACAUAAGUAAAGUGGAUGACAACAUGGCAUGUGAAGCUCUACUUUUAAUUUCUAAAGAUGGGACGCCAUAUAGCAUGCAGACAUAUUUGCCGGAUAUGCACGAUUUGUUUUUACAACUGACUGUUAAACCUGAUUGUCCAGCUAGGAUUUAUAUUUUACAGAUAUUUUUUAAAAUGGCUAUGCAUCCAGAUAAUACUGCCAGUGUAUAUCAACAGCAUUUGUAUAAAUCCAUGAUUUUCAAUUCAACAUCAGAGGCAAACGGAAAGACAUACGGACCAGAAGAAUAUUCAAAUAUGAUUUUGUCUGAGGAAUUCGAUUUUAAAAUACUUUUACCAAAGUUUCGAAAUCUUAUCAGAUAUGACCAUAUUUCUCAUUUGAUCGCGAAUUUCAAGUUCAGAGAAAGAGGAUAUCCUAUUUUAUUACACUGCCUCCUUAAUUACGUUGAAUACAAGGAAUAUGAGGUAUUGACUGACUAUAUUGCAACCAAUUUAGAUGGGAUUUUAGGUUUGGACACCUCCUUCCUUAUUGAUUCUUUUAGAAAGAUAUUAGUCAGUAAAGGCCAAUAUAGUCUUGAAGAAUAUGGUCGUAAAUUUCACACAAUUCAUGCAUAUUUAUGGCAUGGUCUAUACUCAGAAGAAAGUCAUAUUGCAAAUAUAAAGCCAUCUCUGGGGUUAAUAGACUUAUUGAGAGAAAUUCUUCAGUUGCCAGAUGAAACACAAAGGAAACAAGAUUUGCUGUUACUGGCCAGCGAGAGGGCAUAUAAGGAUGUCACAAGAGAUCAAUUCUUUUUGGGAUCAGUUAUGCACUUAACUGAACUUUGUAUUGCUUUAAAGGCAGCACCAUCGGAUCAACUUUUAAUCAUUAUAGUAAAUGUGAUGCUUGACCCUAGAAGUUUUUCUGCAAUGGUAAGACAUCAUAGAGAAUUACUAAUUCAGCUGACGUCAUUUUUUGGAACUCUUGCCAUGAUGAAACGGUCACAUGUUGCUACUGCUACUAAACUUUUUAAAAUGGCUAUUGAGGUAGAAGAUCCCCUAAUUCAGUUUACUACGAUUAAAGGAUAUUAUUUACUUGCAUCUGACAUCAGCAAGGAAUUUGAGGACAUAAUAAAAUUCUGUUUUGCUCAUUUAACUUCCACCCACACCAUACUUGUGAGAACGUGUUUUAUGAUACUUGAGGAACUUGUGCAUGAAAGUCGGAUUAUGCUGGAUUCAGAAAAUUUUAUAAGAUUUGUGCAUAGAUUAGCAUCACAUAAUUUGAGUGAUUUUAUGAAAGUUGCAUUGGAAGAUCGAUUUGUGGUAUCAAAUAAAAACGAUAUAGGGCGAUACUUCAUGCCGACAUUGGUUUAUAUGAGUGGGUACACAAAAUGGGAUGAACAUCCAAUAUCAAGGCUUUUUGAGGAGGAGUUGCAUUCAAUAAGAAAGCUUUUGCAUUAUCCUAAAGUAUUAAUUGGAUUUUUAUUCGGGGCUAUACAAACUAGAACCCGGAUUAAUAUUUUACUUGAAAUGUGUACAAUCAUUGAUUCUUUGGUCGCCGGGAGGCGUAAAGUAGAUGACAACUUUUUUGUGUUAUUUACUUAUUUUAUGUACACGUUUAAAGUAAUGUCACGACGACCUUAUAUCAAUUACAGAAUCUCUUUUUACGCUGACGUAUACAAAUUUAUUGACAAGGAGUUGUUUCACAAAACAGGAAAAGUUAAGCAGUUCCGUGAAUAUGAGGAAUUUGAAGUUGACGUCAGAAAAUGUACGAAUUCCCUUUUGCGUUUAUUUGAUUUUAUUUUGCAAGAACCAAGGCUUGAAGAACAUCUUCUUUCUGUAUUUGAUGUGGUCGCUUGUUGGAUAGACCAUUUCAAAGUUGCUAUGCUCUACUACGUACGCUAUGACAAAGGACACGAUUAUGAUUUUUCUGUAAAGAAAGUAGCAAACUUUUAUGCCAAAAAUAAGACCAGAUUGGAAAAUUAUCUGGAUAACCAAGAGCCAAUUAUUAAUUGACAUUAUGCUCAAAGGAUACUUGGAAGAACAACAUUUCUUCGACAUUUUUAAUAUAAAUAAAAUUAUAUUAAUUAUUAUAGUUAAAAAUAUAUAUCUGUUAUUAUUUAAUUUUAUGAAGAAAUUUUUUAUAUUAUAUAAACAUAUUUUUUAAA